GCGACGACGCAAGCGCCCAGGGAUCCCGUCGCGAUAGCCAGCGAGGCAUGUUGUUAUGCCCUUCUUCCUGGCCCUCAACGUGGCUGUGCGGCAUCCAUGUCGCUGGCACUACCGCCCAGCGGGAAACACGUUGACGGUAUGAGCCCCGGCGGUCAACACGACGCCGCUGACGCAAUGGACGCCGCCGACGACCACUACAAGGAACCUGUCUUCGCCAAGAUGGAAAAGCUGAUUCGUGAAAUGCAGCAUCCAGAGAGCGGAGUUCCCGUUCGCAGCCAGAAGUUGUUUCUCACCUCCAUACCCUGUGCAUUCCUGGGUUAUGAUGUCGUGGAGUGGCUCAUGGACAACUUAGACAUCGAGGACCCGAGUAAGUAUAUUCAGAAGUACUCCAGGUCUAUAACACUGGGUAUAACACUGUUACGAUGUUGUGCAGGCCCCGUGGCUGCAGAAGCUCUACACCUGGCCAACCUCCUGUGCCAGCAUGGCUACUUCUUCCCUGUCAGUGACAACGCCAAGAGUUACGCCAUCAAGGAUGACAGCACCCUCUAUCGCUUCCAGACUCCUUACUUCUGGCCAUCGCGGUAUCAGCCCGACAACACUGACUAUGCCAUCUACCUGGUCAAGCGGUCGCUAAGGAACAAGCAGAAAUACGCACUAGAAGAGUACGAACAGGAAGCACUCCAGAGGUUGAAGAAACUACUAUUUCACAAAUGGGAAUUCAUAUGCAUGCAAGCCGAAGAACAGGCCAGUCUGGCGAAGGAACGCAAGAAGACAGAAAAGUUGAUUCUAAACAGUCAAGAAAGAGCCUACUGGAGAAUUCACAGACCUCCACCUGGAUGCACCAGCUGCCUAGAAAAGAGUCCAGUUCCCAACAGACGGGGCCCUCCGCGAAAGAAGACAAGAGACGACCUGCGCCGCGAAAUGGAAAUACUGAAAAGAAAUUUAGCCCGAUCACGAACCAAGGUCUCGCAGAUAAUUCAGAGGUACGAAGAAUAUAAGGACUUCGACAGCUUUCUCGGGGGCGUCACCACCAACCCUUGGAUAACGGACGAUCCCGCACUUUGGACGAUAGAAAGCAGGCAGACGGACACGCCUAGCGAGAAACGUUUGAAACGGUGGACUCUAUCGCUCGAAGAAUUGCUGUCUGACCCAACUGGGCUGCGAGAGUUCGAGAUCUACCUACGCAAGGAAUACAGCCACGAAAAUAUUCUCUUCUGGAAUGCCGUCCAGGAACUUCGCCAUGGCUCACAACGGGACGUCGCACAACGCGUCAGGGCCAUACAUGAAGAAUACAUUGCACGCGGAGCGCCAUGUGAAGUGAACCUGGAUGGGCGAACACUCGAACUCACUCAGGAAGCAGUACGUGAGCCGUGCAGCCGCUUUGCUCUGGAUGAAGCCCAGCAACAUGUGUUCACGCUCAUGGAAAAAGACACUUACCCGAGGUUUCUGCGAUCCGAACACUACCGGCAGCUCCUGGUACGCUCAGCUCUUCAGCAGGGACAACGUAAGAGCAGCAGGUUCUUCCACUUUGGUUCCUCGACCAAGAAAAAAGGCAGCAAUGUAGUAUCGACGUCUACAACUCCCCAGUCGGCAGGCUUGGUAGCCGCUGCCUCCGGCCCCUCGGUCCCCGUGGCUACGUCGUCUGGGACGUCGUCCCGCCCAGCAACGCGUCCUCUCUCGGGAAGUACCUGCGACCUCCGGCGUGAGAGGGUGGAAGGUUCUGAAGGCUCGGGAUCCGCUCAACGGCCUCUUAGCGGCAGACACUCGCAUUCGACCAGUGACCUGCACAGCAUGGAUGCCACGUCACCAGGAACGGAUCGCAGUAGUCGCUUCUUUUCGAUUUCCGUGCUGAACGGAUGCAGGCUUUCAUCACCUUCCGGUUCGCGAGAUUUUAUGCACGAGCUGUCCGCGGCGGCCGGAGCCAGACUUCAAGUGCCACAACGGGUCUGGGGAGGACCUACCACAGACGAUGACCCAAGUUCCAGUACAGCUGAUACGGGAUCCGGUACAGGUGCUGGUUCGUCAACAGGUUCCAGUGCAGCAGCCGGAUCGGGAGCUGUCACGGAAACCGGAAUAGCUGCUCUGUCCCCAAUGGGUUCUGGGACGGUGGCUGGGUCCGGUGCGGUUGCUGGCUCAUCCACUGGUUCCGGUACUGCGGCUGGCUCUCGAGAUGUCACGGAGUUCGAGCCUGCUACCGGCUCUGUGUCUCCUAAGGAUUCCGGAACUACCGUUACCGGUAAAGUUGUAGCCUCCGGUACUGGCACAGGAGUCACCGUUGCAACUGACACUGCAAUUGUGACGAAUUCGGACACGUCCGCAACUGUCUCAGUGUCUACUACGGGUUCCGGAACUGAUUCCGGUACAGCAACGGCCAUCGGUAUUGGCAUCGAUUCCAGUACGCCUUCCAAAGCUCCUCGCAUCUCUGACGUAGGAUCCUCCACCUGAGGAUGCUAGAGCACAGCGUAUCCUCAUGUUAUAAGAAGUCGCGGCGCAACGUAGAAAAAGUGUGGAAUAUCUUCCGGUAUCUUUUAUCUUCUUCUUCCUCUUACACUCUUCCUGUUGGUGUUUUUAAAGACAUGAAGAGUUCGACGAAGAAGUCUCGACAAUAGAGGUGUUAUCUCUCAGGACUGGCUUCUGCAACAAUGAAAGAAACGCAGUUCUCAGGACCAUGCAUAGCUUCCGAUUCAACCUAAGGGUGUGCUGCAUAUAUAGUGCCGUUCUUUUUCUGUCAUUUUUUCAGGUGAAACCAAAAGAGUUCGAUAUAGACAAACGCUACAGUAUAGCUGAUAUUUCCAGUGUGUGUCCUCAUCGAAAUCUACUCUUGAGCCAGAUAUGGUGCUCGCGCACAGGCAGUUUUUAGGACUAUUAUAGUUGUAUAUAUAAAUAUAUAGUAAAUGUAUAUAAAUAUACAUAUAUAUAUAAAUAUAUAUUAGGGCUGUGCGGAUAGCGAAACUUUCGAAUAUGAAUUAGAAGUGAAACACAGUAUAUCGAAGAAACAUCGAAAGAUGAUCGCGAGCUCUGCAUUACCCCAACGGGACACACCAGAAGCACACAAAAACUAACCCAAUCCAAUCCACACCGCGAUUCAGUGUUGCCCACGAUUGCUAAUUUGAAACGUACAGCUGAAAUUAAAAUCAUUUGCUGACGUCAUGGCCAAUGUAUACUGACGUCAUAGUUAGGUGACAGAUACCCCGACGACCGUACAUUAUUCGAGUACCAAAACUUAACAUCGAAUAUUUGAUAUUUCGAAUACCCGCACAGUAUUUAUUAUUUUUAAGCGUUGUCUGCGAACAACUUAUAGUUCUUCCGUUUCUUGCGAAACAUUUGCAAGAGCUUCGUUCUCUACAAGUCUUCAAAUGUCGCCUCGUCAAAGAAGAGCAAUGGAACGGCGGUGGCUGCAGUGUAUACAUGGCCGUCACGAGUGGGAAAUCCCCUUGAAGUCUUGCAACCCAUGGAUAGACCCUUUAAGAUUGAACUCUAAGAGGCAGGAAAGAAGGAAGGGUCUCAUUCCACGCAAAAAAAAUGAAGCCGAAAGUUGGAGUGGACUAGUGACGUCACCGCUAGUCUUUCCGGUUUACGCAGUCGUCUGCGUGGUUCCCUUUAGUUUCGGAAUGCCAGGGUAGACAAGCUCGUAGCAUGGCCCCCGACAUGGCGUCGCGAAGCCCUCUUACUGGAGUUACCAAGUCACACACAGCUUGACUGGUACAAGCCGGAGCGUAGAAGGGGGCGCUGCUAUCGUUCGAAAACGGGUGCAUGGCUCACGUCUUCCGCUGCUCCUGCUUCCACGCUGUACCAGUUCAGCUGUUUCUUAACAUCUAAUCGCUCCUUGAGACAUGUACGAGACACACGAAGUUGAACACUUUGUUGAACACCCCACGUACGUCGACGGCCUUCGCCCACCUUAGUUUUAUGUUUGCUGCCAGUUUCCAAAACUAGCGCACGUACUUUUUUCUCUUUUGAACCAUCAUGUCUGGCGGAGUCACGCAUAUGUCCUAGUCCAUGUAGACUGAAUAAGGCCUGACCGCCACACGGACGCGACGUAAUCCUACGAAGUCGUAGCCACGGAGUACGCUGUGCAAGUGCGUCUUUGCGCAUGAGAGGAGGCAGUGGGAGGGAAGAGGGAGGGCGCCGCCGUAGCCAAUGGGGCUUCCCGAGUGGAGUAACCGGGAGAGGAGAUAUGCGCAGAACGCUCAGUUACUUGCAGAGCGUGUUGCCCCACUCGGGCUUUCUCUUUGAAAUCGUCUGCGUCGAUCUCGCGAAGCAGACGACACGGUGACUCCUCCAAAUGCCCACAUAGCGAAAGAGACAGAGGAGGCAUCGAGUAGACCUCCUUUAAAGGUGGUGUCCGGACGAAAAACGUUGUUGAACUGACAGUGCGGUCGGAAUGGUGGGUAACCGGGAUAUUUCGUUUUGAAACAGUCGGAAACAUUAGAAAAUGAAUUUAAUAGACCUCUCCCUGGUUUGUAAACAAAUGACGUCAUAGUGUUCGACAGCGCCACCAAUUUGGUAGGGUUGAACUACGCUCGAAGCUAUAGGGGGCGAACAAGGUCGCGCCCGGAAGCCACGGCCUUGAGAGGAUUACGAUGGUCCCUGAAAGGGACGCGACCUUCGGUCCUACUUUUCUUUCAAUAGGAGGCAGCGAAAAAGUGCCCAUUCGUGGAGCCCAGCCCUCCCCUUCCGAUUUGUUUCGGAUUCAGUCUGUCUCCACAACGUCAUGAUGACGUUUUUUCGGGCAGAGGUCUAUUGGAUUUUGCAACCGACUGCGCGCUCCCGGCUGAAUUCAGGCAACAGUGUGCGGACCGACGUCACGGGAGGCGGUUAUGAAGGCAGGCUGCCUGUCACGAAGUGCGGUCUAGCUUCCGACUCGCAGUCUACUGCCGAACAGUCGCUAGAAACAUCUCCGUUCACGCUUUCGGUGGUAUCGGAUUGCAACCAGCCUGGAGACGCCGUCAGCUGUACGAUUGGAAAUCUCGCUGGCAAUGCAAAUUGCGCCACCGGAAGAGGCGAAACAGCGAAAGGCCGUUCCAACCGGAAGCUGGCAGUUGGUUUCAUAUUCGAUGUUUUUGAUGUUUUCUGAAACAACAUGAACGAAUUUUGUGAAACUUUUUUGUGUGUGUGAUUUCCAAGUGGAUAUCACAUUAACUUUAAAUUCCGGAUUCCUCGCGGACACCACCUUUUAGGCUAGAAGGCUUUGGCACUCCGCACUUAUCGUGCGGGAUGCUGCGUCAUGAAAGCCGCUCACCCACCCUUCCCCGCUUCCUCCCCACAUCGGGUCAACAGCUGCGAGGCGUUCCGUGAUCGAUGACGUAGGAACGAAACUCGUGACGUUGCAUGUCUCGCGUCCAAUCAGAAAUCAGCAUCUCCGUUACUGACGUUCCGCGACAGUGCUCUCCAACAGGACGUGUAGUAUACUUUUGCCCCCCCUUGCAAACGGAGCGGUGUACGUUAGGCGUGGCGGGAGCCAACUUCGCUGUCACGGACCCCCCCCCCCGCCCAUUCCAACACUCCAAGUCACGUGACGUCCAUGAAUACACGUGCGUCACCAGACAAUGCCGGCAUGUCCAGCAAGUGGAGUUUGUGCUGGUUUUUAUUAGUGAGAUCGUUCUAUUGGUUCUUUGUAGAAGUGUUCUUCUCCCUGGUCGGCUUGUAUAUACGUGUACAGGACAGUUCAAGUGUAGACCAGUGUAUAGAUCAGAGGGGUUGCUGCAGUCAAAGUGCUAAUCUAUUUUGUUCUGUUACUGUGCGGUGCCGUCUGCAGAGCAAAGUGGAGCAUGUUCGACUUAGACGGGACCUCGUGGUAUAGCUGUUUCGAUUAUUUAUUUAUUUAUUUACUUAUUUAUACUGUCAGCCCCUGCCAGGCCAGCGCUUCACAAAGCUAUUUACUUAAUUGUACUCCCUUGUACCGUCCUCCUGCAUUCUGAACUGACACAUCAAUAAAUCCACACCAGUGGCUUUUACGUAGCAAGUUUAAUUAAUUCACUAAGUCGUUUCUUAUGAUAAUUUUCUGCGUGCCUAUGAGCUGGAUAAAGAGGUGUGAUAUUCUGCACAGACUUCGCGUGAAAUUUUGCACUGAAAGUUAAAACUUAAAAGCAUCAAAAUUUGAGUGUGAUGUACCUGAAAUAGGAAAUGAUUUUUCACGCGAAAGGCCAAGUAAGCACAAAUUAAAUAGUUGUUCGUGAUAGUCGACAACAAGUCGUAUGAUGGCAUUUACAUGGCUUGUACAGUUUAACUCGUUGCUGCUUUUUUGUUGUUGUCUUUCUCUUAACUGACUUGAUUUUUUUUUUUCUGUUCGCGGGAAACGGACAAUUGUCUUAACAUUAUUCGUUACAUACUACUAGACAUUUGUCUAUAUGCGAAAAAAAGAACAACCACUUCAUAAACUCGACGUCUAGCGAUGUUCGAAGCGAUAUAUUGAAAUUCUUCAGCUCAUAUUACGAUUACAUCGAACUGUUCGAUUUAUCAAAAGAUUUGAUAUAACGAAUCCUCCGGCAAAUUCCGCGCGCUUCACAAGGGUUUCAGUGCCAUUUCUUUCCUGCAGAAACUCAACUCGACUACUUUCGCCUCUAAGUCGAACAUGCCCUACGCGACAGAGCAAAGUGACCUGUGAGGCCGGCCGUUGUACGAAGGACACCCAAAUGCUCACACAUUGUCCCCCGUAUAACGAACUCCUGCAGGCGGCACCUGGCGCUUGUGAUAUACUUUACGAGACUCUUUUCACGUCUGCCUCAAUACAGAGCAAUCUAUUUAUUUACGCUGUGAACAACCUCAGUCGAUGCAUGGUCAUCUUUAGCAGUAGUCGCUAUACGUAGCAUGCUGCAUGGAAAUAUGUCCGUAGGAAAUACAUUAAAGUUCAUUUUUCGCUCUC